AUGUCGUCGGAUAACGAGGAAGAAGGCGCAGGCCUGGAUCUUUUCCAAGAACCCGAGGGCUAUUUCCAGCCGGAGAAGCCACCAACUUACGCCACCCACAAGUUGGAGUCGGGCGAGGAACUGAAGGUCCGGUUGGUGGGCUUCAAUCCGCUGUGGGGCCACCACAUCUGGAACGCCGCCCGCAUCAUCUCCAACUUCCUCGUGACGCUCCCUCCCGCGCACGCCAUCCGCUCGCGCACCGUCCUCGAGCUGGGCGCCGGAGCCGGCCUGCCCAGCCUCGUCUGCGCGCUGCCGCGCUGCGGCGCCGCGCGCGCCGUCUGCACCGACUACCCGGACGCCGACCUCGUCGACAACCUGCGCUACAACGCCGCGCACGCCAACCCCGCCAUUUCUGCCUCAGAUGUGCUGCGCGUCGAGGGCUACCUGUGGGGCGCGGACCCGGCGCCGCUGCUGGCGCACCUGCCCGAGGGGGAGAGGGAGAAAGGGUUCGACGUGUUGAUCUUGGCGGACUUGCUGUUUAAUCAUAGUGAGCAUGGGAAGCUGGUGCAGAGCGUGAAGAGGACGAUGAAGAGGGACAAGAGCGCGGUGGCGUAUGUGUUUUUCACGCCGUAUAGGCCGUGGUUGCUGGAGAAGGAUUUGGCGUUUUUCGACCUCGCGGCGAGCGAGGGGUUGAGGGUGCGGAAGCUGGGCGAGGAUGUGAUGGAGAAGGUCAUGUUUGAGGAGGAUCCUGGGGAUGAGCUGCUCAGGCGGACGGUGUUCAGCUACGAGCUCCGCUGGGCUGACCUCGUGAGCGAAGAGGACGGGCUGGGAGAGCGGCAACAGUGA